UUAAUUUUUACCUGUAUUUCCUUUUAUUUCACUUUAUUCUCAUCACUUAAAUUAUUUGCCGGGCUCUCCGGCCGACUCCUCCCGAGAGGGUGGAUUAUUCCUCGGGGGAUCCCCGCUGCUCCAGAGGAAGGUUGUUGACACUGUGGCUGCAGUUUACUCACCAGAUACCAACCAAACACUAAUAUUUGGAGAAACACUUGGAUCGGUACAGUUACUCACUCAGGAUGCCUUUCAAAGCUGGAUUAGAGCUGACUGAAUUGCAGAAUAUGACUGUCCCCGAAGAUGAUAACAUCAGCAACGAUUCAAAUGAUUUCACAGAGGUGGAAAAUGGCCAGAUAAAUAGCAAGUUUAUUUCGGAUCGUGAAAGCAGAAGAAGUCUCACAAACAGCCACUUGGAGAAGAAGAAAUGUGAUGAAUAUAUUCCAGGAACUACUUCUCUGGGAAUGUCUGUCUUCAACCUCAGCAAUGCGAUUAUGGGCAGUGGGAUUUUGGGUCUCUCUUUUGCCUUGGCCAACACAGGAAUUCUCCUUUUUCUGCUGCUCUUGGUUUCAGUGACACUGCUGUCUAUUUAUUCAAUACAUCUUCUGUUGGUGUGUUCAAAGGAAACAGGCUGCAUGGUGUAUGAAAAGCUGGGUGAGCAAGUCUUCGGUACCCCAGGGAAAAUGCUUGUCUUUGGAUCUACAUCUCUCCAGAACAUUGGAGCAAUGUUGAGCUAUCUCUUCAUAGUCAAAAAUGAGCUGUCUUCUGCCAUAAACUUCCUAAUGGGAAAAGAAGAAAAUUUUUCGGCAUGGUAUGUGGAUGGGCGGUUUCUUGUUGUCACAGUGACGUUUGGUAUAAUCCUCCCUUUAUGUCUGCUUAAGAACUUAGGGUAUCUUGGCUAUACCAGUGGGUUUUCAUUAAGCUGCAUGGUAUUUUUCCUGGUAGUGGUUAUUUACAAGAAGUUUCAAAUUCCCUGUGGUGGAGUGGAGCUAAAUGCAACAUCAUCUAUCCUAUCAAAUAGCUCAGCAUAUGACAAUAUGUGUAAGCCAAAGUAUGUUAUCUUUAAUUCCAAGACCGUGUACGCUUUGCCCACCAUUGCUUUUGCGUUUGUGUGCCACCCGUCAGUCCUCCCGAUUUACAGCGAGCUUAAAGACCGUUCGCAGAAAAAAAUGCAGUUGGUUUCAAAUAUCUCAUUUUUUGCCAUGUUUGUGAUGUACUUUAUGACUGCCAUAUUUGGCUAUUUGACUUUCUAUGACACUGUGCAGUCAGAUCUGCUUCACAAGUACCAGAGCAAAGACGACAUCCUCAUCCUGACCGUGCGCUUGGCUGUGAUCGUUGCGGUGAUACUCACGGUGCCGGUGCUGUUUUUCACUGUGCGUUCAUCAUUAUUUGAGCUGGCUAGAAAAACAAAAUUUGACUUAUGCCACCAUGUUCUGGUUACUGUGGUUCUUUUGGUUAUCAUCAACCUGCUAGUCAUUUUUAUCCCAACGAUGAAGGAUAUUUUCGGAGUUGUAGGGGUCACUUCGGCCAACAUGCUGAUUUUCAUUCUUCCUUCAUCGUUGUAUUUAAAAAUUAAACAGCAGGAUGGAUCAAAGCUGACUCAGAGGAUUUGGGCUUCUCUUUUCUUGGCACUGGGGAUAUUGUUUUCCCUAGUGAGCAUUCCUUUGGUCAUCUAUGACUGGGUACAAUCACGAGGCAAUGAAGGCCACUGAAGUUCACCUGCUGAAGACCCCCCUGUUUGCUACACACCAAAAUCGCAACCACCCGUUCUGUUAUCUAUCCCAUCUUUUGUGAGUUCACUCAAAUCAAAUCCAAAUAAUGAUUAUCCAGUACUGAAAAUACUGUUAGAAAACAGACCCGUUUUCCUAUCACUCUGUCCCCUAGUACUGCAUUAUCAGAUCAGCACUGAGUCUGUGUUAAUUGUCUGUAAGACUGUACCAGAGCAUUGCUUAUAGGAAUUCAUCACAAUUAAUUUGUUUCCCCUGUUCCACCCAUGAACUGCAUUGUUCCUUGAUUAUCCUUAGCCCUUCAGCCAUAAGCUCUGCUCUUUUUAGAGCAGCAGUGCCUGUUGUUAUCAAUCCCAACUGGAGUGAUGUCCGUUCACACCCUUUCCCUCCUGUCUUUUAGCCAGAGCUCUGCUCUCCAACUGUACCCAUCCAGUUUUUCAGUUUGUUGGUUUGUUCUGUUGCUGUUUCAUGCACCAUUUGCCUCACUGGAUAAAGUGUAGCAUUCUGGAUAUGUGCACAAAAAGCAUUAUGAGAGCAUAAAUGAGCGUUUUAUAAGCAUAGGUCCUAAAUUUGGUGCUUCUCUCUGAUGUUCUGAUGGGGAAACCAGCCCCAGGGCUUGGCCCUUUUGUGGUUUUGGGGAACAGACCUGUACAUGUGUAUGUGUCUUGUAAUGUGGUGCAGGGAGCAGAAGAAAGAUGGCCAGCAAGAUGUGCCCUUGGCACACUUCAGUUGAAGCCUGACCAGAACUAGACUUUACCCCAAACCAGGAGUAUUUGAGCCUUAUGAGAAGCAGAUGCUCGGAUAUUUCCAUAGGAAGUCUGUGCUUUCUUCAGCAAUAAGCUGUUUACUGAUGCCCCACAUCCCUCAGAAAAGAAGAGACAAGCUCCAGUUUUAUCAAAACCUACGCAUUUAAUCAUACCUCAUGUCUUUUCCAUUCUGGGAUUCAUGUGUACAUACCUUACUGAGAUAGGCUCCUCCAUUGUGUCUUACCCUCCUCCCACUGAAGUCGCAGGGGGGUUUGACAGCAGUGGGAGCAGGUUUUGACUCACCCUGCCAAACUGAUGGAUUUCUAAUGGAAAUUGAAAUCUGUAACAUUUCUUUAAAAACAAACACUUUUUAUACUUAAACUGUUUCAUUUACGUUUCUCAUUGGUUCUCCAUAACAGUUAAAGACAAGACAUUCAAUUACUACUAGCAGGAGCACUGUAACUUGCAUCUGUUGUCCACAAAAUAAGCGUUUGCCUAAUGCCUUAUAGCUGGUGUAGAGAACUACUUGUAGAGACUCAAAUGCUAAGCAGGUGAUUGUUACCCAUCCUGAGCAGACAUCUUCUGUUAGUGCACUGCCAGCAGCAUAAACGUGUUCAUUUUGUGUCAUUCACCACGUGAGCUAAAAAGCGUCUCAAAAUACGAACCCAGCUCCCACUGAAAGAACUGAUGGCUAAAGGGAGCCCUGCUUCAUGCCUGAAGGCAGAGUGAUGCCCUUGGAAUGCUCGAGCCAUACCUGCCAGUAUGCAGUGACCCUCUUGUUCCCAGUAGCUGGUUCAUUGCUGACUCCCGUUGUUCACUGUGGAAGGAGACUGUCAUCAGGUGUGGGGAUCCUGUCAUUGCAGCUUGCUCUUUUUAAGGUUAGGGAUGAAGAAUCUGGGAUCUUGGGAUUUCUGUGAGCUGUUGAAUUGCCUCAGUUGCCAUGCCUUGUUCUGCAUGGCCUGAAGCCACUGAGAGACCACAGAGCACUUCUCAGGACCUUGAAAGUUGGCUUCUAAGGGUAACAUCCAGAGAGGUUAGUUUGGGGCCUUCUUUGGAAUUUGGCAUUGAGAUGCAGGGUGUUCAUGCUGCAGAAACUAAGCCUAAUAAACCCAACUUGUAGAUCUGUACCUCAGCUUAGGCAGCGAGGUGCCCAGCUCUGCCAGUGUGAUCCAGAAAUAAAGUAGAGUGGACUCCACAGGCUGGCCAAGUCCUCUGGAGUACCCCAGCAGCAAGAACAAAACUGGAAUCCUCCUUCCUUGGAGCAAAGUGACCUGGUAGACUGCAGAGUGCAGGUUCUCCCUCCUGGCGCUCAGACCUUCACUGGCAGGCUCCCAGCAAGGUCUCCAGUCAGUGCAGCAUCCCUCCUCCCAGGUAUCCCACAGCCCAGCAUUUAACACACAAACCACUGGGCUACCUGGGACCCCUGAGCUAAGGUCCUGAGCUUUCCUGCAGCUGGUUUCCAAUUGCCUGUGAUGGUGCAUGUCAUCAGUUCUCAAUGUGCUGACUCUUAAUGAGACUGCCCUUAUUCACAGAGAGAUCCAUGCCACAGCCUAUGAGGCCAGGUAUUCAAGCUCUGGAGAGAAGAACCUGUGCUUGGUUCCCAUCUCCUUGCAGCUCAUUCCAGACAUCUUCCUAGCUCAGGAUGUAAGUUUGUGGCUCCCCUCCUGCAGGCAUCCAACACUCUCUGGUCACUGCAGCAGGAGCCCAUCAUCUCACUCUGUUCUCUGACUCAGCUUGCUGGGGUCGCAUUUCAGGUCUUGAGGUGCCUUAUAAUCUCUCUGGAUCUUACCCUGAAAAACCUAACUCAGACCUGAGAAGGCUUUACAGUGUUCUCCUCAAGAUGCUCCAGGCUUUCCUGCUUUCCUCCCCUCUUCAUCCUUCUACUGCUGACCUAUGAGCAGAACAGCUCUGUGCAUCAGGGGCUUGUGAGAGAAAAGAUCCUGGGAGGAACUUUCAAGUAGCUGGGUGUGAGCUAGAGGUCUGAUCUGCUGCACAGGGUCCCAGCAAGGUCACAACUGCAACAUCUCCCUCCCACAAUCCCCCAGGUGGUCCACAGACCCUGUUUAAAAUACCAACCAUUGAGUUUUGGCAUCCAGCUUCCUUGGAAUGGAAGGGCUGUUUGGUGACCGAUUGAUCCUUGCAUCUUCCCAAAUUUUCUCCAUCACUAUCCCUCUCUCUGCUAUUCUGCCUUCUCCUUUUUCCCUGUUUAUUUGUAUAUGGGAGUUUUACUGGAUAAAUAGGGAGACGAAUGAGCUGGGUGUGUGCAUAGAGUGAAAUUACCCAAGUUACUGGACUAUCAAAGUAUAUCUUAGAUACUGAAAAAUAGACACCCAAAACACUGAGUCUUUAAACAGACUUUGUUUCUGGGUCUCUGAAAAAAAACAAACAAAAAGAAAAAAGUGGGAAUUUUGCUGAGACUGAUUUACUGGCAUCAUAUUUAUAGAUAUUUAUGGAAAAGAAUCAUGUGUUUAUUGAUGUCUGUGGUAAUGAACGUGAAAUAACGUGCUUUUUGUUUUCUCAUCAGGUUUAUACAUUCUUAACAGAAUGCAAUAGACCCUGCUGUAACUGUCAACAUCAGUGAUGGAUGACAAUAUUUGUAUGAGGUUAUCUGUAAAAUGUACUGCUGUUAUUCAGUUCAUUUGGAAUAGUGAACUUGUAGCCAACGAUGUACGAGUCCCACAUUUUAGCUAGGAUUUUAAGAGCACAGUGAAAUGCUGUAGGAGUUUCUCUGUUGUUAAAUUAAUAGGAUCCAGAGUACCGUAUCUACUUAGUAGGUGGUAGCAUGCUUUCUUUUCAUAGGGAGUUUAUCACUAUUGUGAGCACUGCAAAUGUCAUAGACUGGAUGGAAAAUUGCUCCUAAUAACUACAGCAAAAUAGUUUUUAAUUCUCGUUUGCGUAAUGGCAGCAAUUCAGUGGUAAGGAACUACUGAGGGAGCACUAAUUAGAAGCAGGGGCUCCUAAUAAGACCACAGGUGUUAAUCCUACACUUAAAAGACAGCCUUGCUGCCUCUCCUAGUCCACAGCACAUUGCAAAGAAAAUAGUCAUGAGCUUAAAGCACCUUGACGGUUGCAGAAUACAGCUGCCCUUCUCUGUCCAAUGACAAACACACCUAGCAAGUAAAACACAGUAAAUGGUUAUUUGGGAACAUCUCAGGAGCAGUGACCUCUCUGGGUGGUGCUUGCUCUUGGUCAGAGGGGCCAGUGCCAAAUCCAUGUGCUGGCACAGACCUGUUAGGGCUGAGAUGGCCUAAGCGGUGCCCACCACAGGGCAGAGAGGCCGGUCUCACCCUGCAAGGUCAGGGAUUGGGAUGCCCAUCCACUCCUGAGGGCUGCUUUCCUGAGCCACAUACCAACCCACAGCUUCUGCUCCGUUUGCAACAGGUCAUGUGCAAAUGCAGGUCGGAUGAUACAUAGGUUGAGUCUGUACAUCUGCCUUACAGUGCAUAAGCACCACAGCUCUCUCUGAUAUCAAGUAUUAACAGUAACAAUUAAUGGUAUUUGUAGCUUAUCUUUAAAUGAAUAAAUUUCUUUGCUUGAACCUUACAUUAAGGCUAAAGAGCAUCUUGGUCAAAACAAAACUCUUCCCAUGUGGUGGUGUCCCACCUCCAGUCCUACCGUCCCACGCCAGUGCCUGGAUGAGAGGCACAGCAGAAUGUACUCAGCUCUAUCAGCAGCUCCACAAGAUGCUUUAUUGCCUGGCACCAAGGUGCUUUCUUAACCAAUUCCCCAGAGCCCUUGGCAUCAGGAAGAUCCUUAUUUCCUAUAACUUACAUAAAGAAUGUUUUAUUUGUAUCUAAUGUAAGGAUUUCUGUAACAAACUGUGAAAAAAAAAAAAAAAGAAAAUGAAUUAAUAAAAAGUACAGGGCUGGAAAGGUCUAGAAUUCACAAAUUGUACACAUGCCUGUGUUACUGAAGACAAAUCUAUGCAGUUGUGUUGUAUUGUAGGAAAUUUCAUUUUUAUGUACAUAUAUAUAUUGUAAAUAAAUAGGAUGCUGUAUAUUUUUGCAGUUGUUUAUCCCCUAUGAUAUACAAGUGUUGAGAUAGGCUCUGCAUAUUACAAAUAAUUUUAAUAGAAAUACAAAUACUUUAGCUUCUGAAUUAGCAAAAUGUGUAUCCUUUCCUUUUUCCCAAGAGAUCACAUGUUAAAGCCUAAACUUGAAGUUACAAUUACAUCGCUAAUGUAACAAGAAAAGAGGAAUAAAAGCUCCAAUGAAAUUGUUAGGAUUAAUUCCAGGGCACAACUCCCUGUUUUCUCAACAGCAAGUUAGCCAGUCUUCCUGCUGGGUAAAAUAUCUCCCUUGUAAAGGGCCCCUUUGGUACCCAGGUACCUUUUACCUCCUCAGCUGAGGUUAAUUGGUAGUAAAGUACUGAAAAGGCUUUAUGAAGAAGCCAGACCAAACUGCAGCCAGCAGUUUGACCCAGCAUUAUGCCAUGUUGCAUCCAAGCAUGUAUUUAACCGACUCGUACAAACAGAAGUCAGGUCAGGACUUCUGCAUUUCCAUUUUCAGCCACCAGAAAUGCCUGUAGU